AUGGUGCUGGUGGAAGAGAUUGUGGAGGAGGAGGAUGCGUCCGAGUCAAAGGCCACCAUCGUAGAGGAGGUGCAAGAGGCAAAGGCCGCCAUUAGCAAAGGUUUCCUGGAGAAGGCGAAGGACAAGCCUUUGUACGGGCCUGAGGGCUCUGCAGAAGGAAAGGUGGAUCCCAAAACCCACAAGGCCCAUGCGGAGCAUAAGAUGAACGAGGACUUGAAUGCUGGCAUGAAUCGAGGCACCGAGCGCUGGGCUUGGGCUGCGGGGCCCGAGGAGCCCGAGGAGCCCGCGGGCAUCGAGGAGUACCAUCUGAGUGACGGCGAGACGCCGAAGCCUCGUGAGCCUUGGUCACCGGGGCUGUCCACGAUGUUUGACAAUGAUCUAAUCAACAACUGCGUCCAGGACGCCAAGAAGGCGCAAGUCGCCGACGCGGCCACCCAAACGGAGCCGGAGGGCGCGUCGGCAGAGGCGGCGCUGCGGAGGCUGCGGCGCCAGCUGCUGGAGGAGCGCCAGCGGAGGCGCUCCGCGGAGCAGGAGCUGGAGGAGUGCCAGGACUGCCAGUACAACGCUCCCGGCUGCGCCUUGGACGAGCUGGACACCUCGCAGCACGCGUCGGACCUUCACAAGGGCAUGGUGCAGAAUUGCGGCCGCUGGCAAGAGGCCUUAGCGCCAGGUGUGGCAUCGAUGAGAUUUAGCUUCUUGCAGGCAACCGACGAAGACUUGAACCACAUUAUCGAGAAGCUGAAGGGAAACGAGGAUGUCACCGAGCUUGACUUAUCCCACAACCACAUCAAAGACACGGGCGUGCAGGCCUUGGUGGCCGCCCUGGCCGCGGGAGCAGCUCCCAAGCUCCGAGAGCUCAGACUGUACAGUAACGAGUUCGGGGCGCUGGGGGAGACCAUGCUGAAGCAGGGCCUGGCAGUGUUCCGCAAGGACCUGAAGGUGCAAUCCCAGGAGCCCAGCUGGGCCAAGCUGGCGCGGGAGCAGGUCCAGGUUCUGUCCUUGCUGAAGAUCACCGAGAGCGCCAGCGAUGAGUCGUGCGAGCUGGCAUGGCAGUCCAUCCUCGGUGGGAAGGAUGUGGCGGCACUUUGUCCUGCAUCAGCCUGGCCGGAUGUGGUGUUGCCUGCGCUGUGCCGCUCGCAGCACGGGCUGCCCGUGUUGGUGCUGGUCACGGACGCCGUAGAUAUCCUGGCUGCCCAAGUCGGCGAGUGGAGCCAGGCGCUGGCUGCGACUGCGACGUCUGGGGCCUGGACAGACAUGGUCUUCUUCACGAGCUGUGGACAGCCUCCGCUUGGUCCCUUCACUUCCUCACAAGAGGUGCUCUCGCCGGAGAUGAUCCCACAGCAGCCGAACCCAGGCUGGCAGAUCCUGGUGAUCCUCCACUCCAAGGAGUGCCCCUUGCUGCGGGAGCAGCUGCAGCUGCUGCCGGCCCCAUCCCAGGUGAUUCUUGCAGUGGAGUCAUGGGAUGAGUACACGAGGGAACUCGCCGGCGACAUUCUGCACGACUCCGUGGAGCUCACUCUGAGGCAGGCGCAGAGCCAAAGCGAGAAGACGGAGGAUGUCGAUCUGAUUGCGGUUCACAUGGCCAACAUCCUCUGCCGCUCGGAGGAUGCGGGGCUGCGCACGGCGGUCCGCGCCAUGCUGGGGGUGGGCUUCGGGCAAGGCCAAACGCGGUCUGAGGUUGGCUGCAAGCGGAAGGCUUGCACGCAAGGCGAAGCUCAGCCAGGUUCCAUCGAGCUGGAGGAAGCGGAACUACGGCGAGGCAUUGCCGCCUUACUGGCCAGACAUCAGGAGGUGACGGCGAAGAAGAGCAUGCCAAAAGGUUGCAAAGGCCGGAAGACUUCGAAGCCAGUGCGAAGAGCCGUCCAGCUGGAAGACUGGGACGACUGCGAGUCCGAAAACUCGGACUUUUGAGCAUGUCGCGUACUGGGUCCCCUUUGUGGG